AUGGAGGUUCUGAUAGAUCAUGAUGUCCACGGGUAUUCAGAUUUUCCAUUGAUCAUGAUACGACAAGUGAUAGCAGCAGGGGAAAUCCAUUCCCCCGAUAAUGAGCCAUCUGAAGAGUUUAAACCUCUUGACCACGCCCCUUCAAGUUGUCAUGGCAUCUAUCUGGAGGGGGUGAAUGAAGGCCUGGAACCCUUGGAGGAUUAUCAAUCUGGCGGUUUCCACCCCAUUCAUCUUGGCGAGACGCUUGGUCUAUCUCAAAGAUACCGUGUCAUUCACAAACUGGGUCAUGGUGGCUUCGGUGCUGUGUGGCUCUGCCGUGAUACGCAAGAGACAGGAUAUGUUGCUGUCAAAGUCAUGGUCGGGGAGUCGGAUGCGGAUCCAAAAACCUUUUCGGACCUAACUUUGACAAACUUGGAUAAAUCAGUUCCCGGAGCCGAUCACAUUACGAUUCCUCUCAAUUCAUUCUCUAUUGACGGGCCAAACGGAUCGCAUCAAUGUAUCGUCCUACCAGUCCUUGGCCCAUGCGUCUCGCCUAAGCUAUGGCUAAAGCUAGGAAAUGAUCCUGGACCUAUCCUGCGGAACAUGGCAUAUCAGGCUGUACUAUUCAUGAAAUGGUUGCAUACACACGGCUUCUGUCACGGAGACGAGUUACUUUCAAUAAUAGGUCAUCCUGAAAAGGCCUAUGUGCGCACCGAGUCAGGCGAGGACCUUCCAGCAUCUUCGCCACAAUAUUUGACACUUCCAGCUGACAUCUCCCGACUGGGUGAGGAUUUUCUUACCGACAAAAUCUGCAUCAUUGACUUCGGCGAAGCCUUCCCGAUAUCUUCACCUCCAGAGGAUCUAGGAAUGCCUGAGAACUAUCUGCCACCUGAGGUUUUACUAGAGCACGAGGAUUCAGUCGGCCCGGCCUCGUGGUGGGAUAAAUGGGAGGCGCGGAAUUACUUUUUUGAUGAUCAAGGAAAAUGGCUUCGGGGUAGACCUGACGCACAAGAAUGGUCGCUCGAGGUGGCACUGAAUAAGCCUGUUGAGAUCGUUCAGCCCAAGCAACAGAAACUGGUUACAUCUCAAGAAGAGCAAGCGCUUUUGGCGGACCUUCUCUAUGGAAUAUUCCGCUACGAUCCUGGACAACGCGUGAGCAUUGAACAUGCAUUAAGUCAUGAGUGGUUCAAGAUUACAUAA